AUGUCUGCGAGCUCUUCUUCUUCUUCUGCUGCUGCUGCUGUUAUGGCUCCUCCUUCUCCUCCACCAAAGUAUGAUGUGUUUGUGAGCUUUAGAGGGGAAGAUACGCGUGACAACUUCACUAGUCAUUUCUAUGCUGAACUUAGCAGAAAAAAUAUCCAAGCCUUCAUAGAUAAUAGACUAGGCAGAGGUGAUGAGAUCUCACCAGCACUCCACACAGCAAUUGAAGAUUCCAUGAUUUAUGUCAUCGUUUUCUCGGAACACUAUGCUUCUUCCUCGUGGUGUUUGGAUGAACUUGCCAGGAUACUCGAGUGCAGGAAGAGAUAUGGAAGGGAGGUGAUACCGGUUUUCUACAAGGUGAAUCCAUCAAGUGUUAGGCAUCAGGAACAGAGUUAUGCAGAUGCUUUUGCUAAGCAUGAACUGGGAUUCAAGGAUGAAGUCAUUCGGAGGUGGAAGGCUGCUCUAGCAGAAGCAGCUGGAAUUUCCGGCUGGGAUUCAAACACCACCAGAUCAGAAUCCAUGCUUAUUGAUCGUAUUGUAGAAGAUAUUUUGAAAAAAUUGAAUCGUUCUGUCUCAAGUGAAACUCAAGGAAUGGUUGGAAUUGACAAGCAUAUUGCACAAAUCCAGUCCUUGUUGCAGCUUCAGUCAGCAGCUGUUCGGAUCAUAGGAAUUUGGGGCAUGAGAGGAAUAGGUAAAACUACACUGGUUGAGGCGUAUCACAAACUGGGGACCCAAUUCAGCUCUAGAAGCUUAACUGUGAAUGCUCAACAAGAAAUAGAAAGAGUUGGAACAAAUGGUCUACGUCAAAAAUACUUAUCAGAGCUUUUAGAUGAAGGAGGCAGCACGUCCAAUGGAUCAGGUUUUGCAGAUGAAAGGCUCAAACAGGCAAAGGUUCUCCUUAUUCUUGAUGACGUGAAAAACUCGAGUCAAAUUCAGGAAUUAAUUCGAGGACGUGGAUACUUCAGUCAGGGAAGUAGAAUCAUUGUGACUAGCAGAGACAGGCAGGUGCUUCACAAUGCUAGAGUUGAUGAAAUAUAUGAAGUCAAGGAGAUGAGUUACAAAGAUUCUCUACAACUAUUUAGUUUACAUGCCUUUAAACAAAAAAGUCCGGUGGGAGUUAAUGCAGAUUUGGCAGAUAAGGUAUUAGAAUAUGCUAAAGGUAUCUCAAUAGCUCUCAAAGUUUUAGGCUCACUGCUAUAUGGUAGAACAAGGAAAGUAUGGGAAAGUCAUUUGGAAAAGCUUCCCGAUGACCAAAUUUUCAGUGUGUUGAAAUUAAGUUAUGAUGGGCUGGAUGAUGAACAUAAGGACAUAUUUCUUGAUAUAGCUUGCUUCUAUAGAGGACAUUCGAUGAAUGUAGCAGUGGAUUUGCUAGAUGGUUGUGGUUUCUCUGCUGACAUUGGAAUUGAUGUUCUCAAAGAUAGGGGCCUCAUAUAUAUUUUGGAAGAUCAAAUCAGGCUGCAUGAUCUAAUAUGGGAUAUGGGAAAACAAAUUGUUCGCCAACAAUGUCUCAAUGAUCCUGGAAAACGCAGUCGUUUAUGGAAACAUAAAGAAGUUUAUGAUGUUUUAAGAAAGAACCAGGGUACGGGUGCAAUCCAGUGUAUAUCCACUGACCUGUACAAAAUUAAAGAAGUUGAACUACAAUAUGAAAUUUUCAAAAGCAUGCCUAAUCUGAGAAUGCUAUAUUUCUAUACUAAGGCAUUUUGGUUUGGGAGAGGUCAAUCAAAUGUGAUCCUUCCUACAUAUCUUGAAAGUCUUCCGGAUGGUUUAAAAGUUCUUUAUUGGGAUAGAUUUCCUCUAAGAUCUUUGCCACUCAACUUUUGUUCAGAAAAUCUUGUUAAACUUUAUAUGCAUCAUAGCCAGCUUAAACAACUUUGGAAGGACGAUCAGGAAUUACCGAAUUUGAAAAGGCUCGAUCUUAGUCAUUCUUCAGACCUGAUUCGAAUACCAGGCCUUUCUUUGUUCCCAAAUAUUGAAGAAAUAAUUCUUAGUGAUUGCAAAAGCUUGAUUCAAGUUUACUCUUCAAGUUUCCUCAGCAAGCUCAAAUGUUUAUGGCUAAUUGGUUGUGUUAAGCUUAGGAGUUUAAAUGUUCCUAGCCGUAUUCUAUCAAGAUCUUCUGGAUCAGUGGGGCUCUAUAACUGUUGCAAGCUCGAAACUUUUUCAAUCAAUAGAACCGAGGUGGUUGAAUCAAGUGGUCAUUCACAUUUUGAUGGACUCUUAGGAGCAUUUGAAAUUUAUGAUGAUGCAAAAGGUGCCUCUAGCUAUCAAGAGAUGAACGGACUAGGUCUGGAUGAAAAAUAUUCAACAAAUCUUGAAUGGUUUAGAAAAGGUAAGCCCUCACGAGUUUCCCAUGAACUUUGUUGGUUAGAUCUGGGUAGUUGUGAAUCCCUUACAAUGCUUCCAAUUGACCUUUGUAAGUUGAAAUUGCUAAGAAGACUCGAUCUGAGUGGUUGCUCAAAUUUGGAAAAAUUCCCUGAAAUUGUGGACACAAUGGAAAAUUUAGCUGUGCUUGUCUUAGACCAAACAGCAAUACAAGAACUACCUUCAUCCUUGGACCGUUUGGUGGGACUUGAAGAACUGAGCUUGCACAAAUGUCGAAGGCUUGAGAUUAUACCCUCUUCGAUUGGAAGACUAACCAAACUCUGCAAGUUAAACCUUACCUGCUGUGUAUCACUUGAAACUUUUCCAAGCAGCAUUUUCAAAUUGAAGUUGACAGAACUUGAUUUGUUUUGUUGCUCAAAGCUAAAGACCUUACCAAAGAUCUUGGAGCCGGCAGAAAGCUUUGCUCACAUUAACUUAUCAUAUACAUCAAUUAAAGAACUUCCUUCAUCAUUGGAUUUUUUGGUGGGUCUUCAAACCCUUUGUCUGGAAGAGUGUCGUAAUCUGGAGUCACUUCCAAACAUCAUUGGUAAUCUAAACAUUCUCUCUGAUCUUGACUGUACUAGCUGUUCUAAUUUAACAGAAAUCCCAAAUGACAUAGGUCGCUUGUUAUCAUUAAGGAAAUUGUCACUAUGUUAUACCAGAAUGGUGAAUCUUCCGGAGAGUAUUGCUCAACUUUCAAGCUUGGAAUCACUUGAUGUAAGAGAUUGCAGAGAGCUUGAAUGUAUUCCACAACAUCCACCAUUUCUGAUAAUGUUAUUGGCAUUUCGUUGCCCAUCCAUUAGGAGAGUGCUGCCAAAUUCAAGGGUUAAACCCUGGUCAGGUUCUAGAGAGGGUAGUGAUGAACUAGAUCCAAGUGCUUAUAGUGAUGUUGUGGCCGAUGCCAGGGUUAGGAUCAUUGAGGAUGCAUAUAGGUUUGUGUACUAUUGCUUUCCAGGGAGUGAAGUUCCUGAUUGGUUCCCUUAUAGUUGCGAGGGAAAUUCAGUAACCAUGGAUCAAGAUUUUCAAUAUUGGUGCAAUGAUAAUAGGCUCAUUGGUUUUGCUAUGUGUGUCGUUUUGCCAGUUGAAGAUGUAAACUGCAUAUGUUAUCUUAAUGGUGACUUAAGAUGCAGAUUAACAUUUGAAUCUGAUGGCAACACACACAUCCUUCCCAACAAUGUUCAUCUACACAACUCUUUCUAUCGGUGUUCUCAUAGAAUGUAUAAUGACAUGCCAGAUCACACAUUCAUAGGGAAAUAUUACUUCAGGGACUCUGCAGGCGUCGACAUAGGGAUCUCUUAUGGCCUCCACUUCACUUUUGGAAUCAGCCUUCCGUGGCUAGAUUUUGAAUCAAGCCUCGAGGUGAAAGAGUGCGGAAUAUGGCCUCUUUAUCAAAGAACAAGGCAUUUUUCGAAUAAGCCAAUUCAUUUGGGACCCCACAGAUCCACUUAUACCAAAGAAAGAGAUGAUAUUGGCAGCAUAGUUGAUUCUUCUAGCUUUCCAAGAGUUUCAAAUAAUGACUUUGAAGAACGUAAAGGGAAGAGGAAGUGUCUAGGGUGAAACAUCUCUAGGAAAAAUUGUAAAUUUCUUGUCUGUUAAGUCAGGUUGUAUCACAAAUGUGGAUUUUGUGGCUCUUACAAUACUCAGGUAAUCAAGUUAAGACAUAUUCCAGCUACUCUUAGUGUGCUUCUUCUGAUAGGAGAUAAACAGAGUUUGUAAAUACUUGUGUAGUAUUAGGAAGCAUAGCAGAUACAAAAUGUGUAAAUGUUUGUUGUAUUUGGAAUAUUUGAUUUUCUGUUUUCAA